AUGGUCGAGUGAGGCCACGGAGACCCGCGCUGGAUCGUGGAGGAGCGGGAGGACGGGACCAACGUGAACAAAUGGCACUGGACAGAGCGGGAUGCCACCAGCCGGUCCAAGGGGAAGCUCUGUGACCUCCUGGUGGGUAUCAUCGUGGAGAAUGGUGGCAGCAGUGAGAUCUGUGAGCUGAAGCAAGUCGAAGGUGAGGCUUCUUGAAGCAGCCGCUGCAAAGGAAAGCUGAUUUUCUUCUAUGAGUGGAACAUCAGGCUGAGCUGGAAAGGUGUAAUUAAAGAAUCUGGUGCAAAGCACAAGGGAUUGAUUGAAAUACUCAACCUUUCUGAGGAAAGUGAAGUAGAUGACACUGAGGUGAAUGUGAGUAAAAAGAAAGGAGAUGGGGAUAUACUGAAGGAUCUUAUGAAAACUGCAGGCACCGCCAAGGUCAGGGAGGCUCUUGGAGAUUACCUGAAGGCACUUAAGACGGAAUUUACAAUGGCAAUGAUUUUACCAAGAAAAGCCAUGGCAACCCAGGAAUUAAAGUGAAUUGUUAAAAGGAAACGGAGUGAGAACACCCUGCAGGUAUGACCUCUGAGAUCCAGGAUCCCCAUUGUGGCACUGCACAUGACCCCACUCUUCGACGCCACUACAGAGCAACUGUACGGCGUCUUCACUGGGAAAGAGUUGGUGCAAAAAUUUUCUAAAUAGCCUGCUGUAAAAGAAGCUGAAAAGGGAGGGAAAUUCCAAAUGUUUGAUGGGAACAUCACCAGUGAAUAUGUAGAAUUGUUGACAAAUAAAAAGAUCAUCAUGAAGUGGAGAUGUAGGAACUGGCCAGAAGAACACUAUGCAAGAGUUGCCCUGAGCUUUGUGCCUAUCCAGGGCAGACUGAAUUACAAUUAGACCGUUCAGGAGUUCCUGUCUGUAAAGAAGAGCAUGAAAUUCUGUUGGCAGAAGCAGCAUUUUGAAGAAAUAAAAGGUUUAUUGUGGCUGACCACCCUAAAUGGUUGAAUUAGAAGAUUUUAUAAGGGUAUUACUUUUUGUAAGCAGGAAAAAUGUCGUUUACCUCUUCCCCAUUAUUCCUUUUAAAAAAGACACUCUUAAUUUAUAGUGGAUGAAAUCCAUGAGCUUAUACAGAAUUCAAAGCACCGUUUGAACCUUUACUACAACUAGACUCUCACUGGAUUAAAAGUAGCAAGCAACCUGGAUAUUGGGUAUGAACCUUACCUCCCAUAGCGCUCCUUUGGGGAGAGACUGAGCCGUUGGGUACAGAUGGUUGCUGUUUCCCACUAAAGCUUGUCCUAGCAAGCUGCUUUCAGCUGUAUUUUUAGUUCAGGCAGAUAAAAAAUAAAUGGCACAUCGAUACUCUUCCUUUAUUUUACUUCAGGGUUUUUAAGGUCUGUAGCUCUUAGGUAGCGAAGCAGUAGCGUGUCGCGGUUCGGAAGCAUGCUGAUGUGAGGCGCAGCGGGCCUUGUCCUGAGGCUGCUCCCUACGGCAGUUCUGCACUCUGGGCGGAGGCCUGAAAGGCUCAGGGGUAAGUGACUUUUUGGACUGCCUCUACUAUAGUGAAAGAGAAUUAUGAUGGAGAA